CUCACUUUGAAAAGAUGGCGGCAGAUGUUGGUGUGGUACAGAUCGAAUAGUGUUCUCUUUGCAUAACGUGUUUCGAACAUUGGAAAAGGCAAGAUCAACUUCAGGUUCAGAUAUGUCGGAUCGGUGGGAAAAUUUACGAGAUCGCUUUAAAAAGAAAGAUAUCGAUUUGGACGCCGAAUUUGAAAAGUUUCUAAAUGAGGUAAGCAAAUUAAACUUUACAUGUACGCUUAACUUCAAUUAAAAGGCGUAGGUUUACUUAGGCUUAAUAUUUUAUGGAGGAAUUAAACCUGAAAUAAAACUGCUUUCCAAAGUUCUAUGAUCUGUCACACUUGUAGUUUCUCAUCUUAUCUUUAUCUUGUGCACAAGCCGAUUUGAAACCCCUUGAUCCCCCGCCCCCCUUUCACUUCAAAGACACACCAUUUUUGCUCCCCGGAAAGCGGGGCAUAAGCUAGAACUCACAGUCUUCGCCUCCCUGACUGGGGAAUGAGCGGGGCAGUCACUCAGUGGUCAGUGUUUUCAUUUUCGCGCCGCUUAGUAAUUUUUCAUACAUUUUCAUUGCUUCUUGCAGCUAACAAAUACAAAUGUAUGUUUGCAAAGUGUGUUUUGACGCGGCGUACAGUAAUUAACACACGUCUUAGAUAAGACAUAGAUACGAGCAUAUACAGUGUAAGAGGUCUCUUAGCUGUGUUGUGUCUUAUUUAAGCUGGAACACAAUUAUUUUCUGCCAUUUAUAUGAGAAGUCCGUAAGACACAACAUCUUAUUUUUUCCCCGCAUAAGUGGCCCAGUUGCUUGAUAACUUAUAAUAUAGCUGUAUCAUGGAAAUAACAGGAAAGACACUUUGUCUUGUGUAAUGAUUGAGUCAUUCUAUAAAAACUUCAGAAGGCUGUAAAACAUGAUUUGUAAUUUUUUGUUAUCUCGCAUUGUGUGACUUCAAGUUGUAAAGUCUUCAAAUAGUCGUCAUUUUCCUCCUUCAUCAAGGGUUUGCAAGUGUUGCAAUGGCUGCUCCGAAAUCAGUGUGUUAUUUCAUGGCUAUCCGGCGUCAUAUUAUUUGUCAUCCUUUGGUACGCUUGGCCAUAUCAAGAUUUGUAGACAGUUUUAAGAAAGGGAGUACCCGGUGUGUGGGAGGGGUCCUACAAAAUGUCAACUGAAUAAAAGCAAGGUCUGACACAGACAAAUGCUUAAAAAUUACAUGGUGAUCCUCCCAAAGUCUUUGUACAGUUUGAUGAUCUUGAUCCUGACACAUUAUACAGUACCACCCAAAAUUAAAUUGACAGUCUCAACUGGAGGUGACAAGCAAGGCAAUAAUUGAGAAGAUAUGCACUGCAAAAGUCAUUUGCACAGGGUUUACUUCACAAUUAUCCUUUAAAACAGCAAACAGAGUGCAAACUAUUUGAUGAAUUUGUUCCUCGAGAGAUUAGUCAAGGGACAUGCUCAUUAUAUUUCUUGACUUGAAACUUUGGACUCAAAACUCAAGACUCAACCCUCGAAAGUUUGAGAAUCAUGAGUCAAGUCUCGAGGAUUGGAGACCCGAGUGCUUGUGAACUUACUUUUAGCGGUACUGAAUUUACGUACCCCAAUGUUAGAGACACUGCAUGCAGUUGAAAUCUUUAUUUUCCUUUCAAUUUUAAUUAAGCCCAAUAAUUUAUAUUGUUUUUCAAUUCAUCUUCUCAGUCCAUGUCAGAUGAGUCAUCAAUGGGCUCUCCACGGAUAAAGACUCCUGAUUUGAAGACAAAGCCAGUUCGAGAUCAAAUGCCUUGGUGGGCCGAGGAAGAUGAUGAGGAUGACAAUGAUAAAAGAGAAGCUACUCGUCAGAGCUGGCUGAAACCAAAGAAGUCAGAGGUCAAAGAACAAGAAGAACUCAAACAUCAAGAUAAAGAUGCAGUAGACAAUGUAAGAAGAAUGUUCAGUGAACUUCUCUUUAAAAAUGGCCACUAGUAAUCACCCUCUAAGCGGGGGGGUGAAAGUUUUACAGAAUAGUGAACCUCAUUUAUUGUUGAUUUAGCACACACCCACUGUGAUAAACCACAGAUAGGGUGCAAAAAUUUCUUAGAAAAAUUGUCAGUGUUUGUUUCCACUUUUUAGAGCAUAGUAAAGAUCAUUUUUCUUGCAUGGGGGUGGGAGGGGGGGGGAGUAUUGAGUAUUGAGUUUUUACAGGGACACCCAGUGCCCAGAGGUCCAACUCCUUAAACCCUUUUACAUUAUAUACAGCUGUACCAUUUUUGACAGAAGAGAUACCCCUUCUGUAUACCUUCUAUAGGCAAAUGGAACCCCUUUGACAUACCUAGUUUGAAACUUUGCAUCCCUUUUUUUAAAGGGCGUUUCCGUUUGGUUCGAACAAAGAAUGCUGUAAAUACACGGUUUUGACCGCACGAGAAAUGAAACGAGAGCCAAAAAGUGAAAAAGGGGGAGGGGAGGGGAAGGAAGGAAACGCUUGCAGACAAAUAUUUUGAAAAUAAAUCACCAUGAAGCGCCAUCCAAAACCAAAAUACAAAAAAAAAAAAAUUUAUUUUGGUUUUAGUCCUCUAAAGUUCCACGGAAGGCCAAACAUUUUAUUGGUCAAUUUGACAGUUGAUGACACAUCAAAAAAUGACAGUUCCUUCCUUUCUUCCCCACCCCCUCCCCGCUCUUUUACUUCUUUUCUCAUGGGUCUUUAUCCUUUCAUCAUUCUUUUUAAACUGUACAGAACAGCUGUAAAUGCACUGUCUUUCAAAUAUGAAUAAAUCACAAAACCAGAAUGCAUUUGUUAGCCCUGUUGGGUAUUUUUACAGACCAAAAUGACAGAUUUCUCUAUCCUUUCAUUAUACUUCAACUACAGUAGUAAAAUGCCUACCCUUUCAUUGAAGCCUAAAAAAGGUACCCCUUUUGGGCGGACCCUCCCUGUAUAGGUCAUUAUAGGGAGUAAACCCCCCCCCACCCCCCACCCCACCCCCACUCCCAGAUGCAUUGGUUAAGAAUGAUAAUUACUGGUUUUCUGUCCUAUUUCUGUCCUUAUACUACUACAUGAGAAAUUUCUGCAAUUUGAUUGGCUUAGAGCAGUGGUAUUUCAGCUUAAUUUGAAAUACCUACAUGUGAAAAUUACAAACCUUUUGUCGGUAGUAGUAUAAGCAAAUAAUAGCAUAUUUUGUCCGUGAUAUUUGGCGUAAAUACCACUCGUGAUAUUUCAAAAUUGUUUCAAAUUUCACUCGCCUAAGGGCUCGUGAAAUUACGUAUAACAAUUUUGAAAUAUCACUCGUGGUAUUUAUGCCAAAUAUCACUACAAAUCAUGCUAUUACCUAUACCAACCCCCUAGUAGAGUCGAGACACUAGCAUUCCAUGCAUUUAUUCUACCCCAAGCUAUCUCAUCUCUAUGGUAUCCAGAAGUGUUUUAACAUAAAUUCAAUCUUCCUAGGCUGCAACUCCAAUUGUUCCUACAGCAGUUCCACACUCUGCCAAGGGCUCACUAACAGCUCUUUCUGCUGGGAGUCAUUUUGAUAGUUCAGCUUUGUCAAUCAGUAGAGACAGUCUUGAGGAAGGUAAACUUUCAAAUACGGUACAUCAAUACCAAAACAUUGAUUGUGUUUGUUCAGAAUGGAUGAAAUUUAUGCACUCCUUAAUUUUUUAUGUUAUUACCGUAUUUACCAAUGUUUAAAUGCACUCUCAUAAUAUACUAUGAAUCCUAACUGCAGGACUUGCCAAGUCUACAGAAAAGACAAAACUGCCUCCUGAAGAGAUUCUUAAAAGGUUUGAAGCUUUCUUUCACAUUGUAUCUGAGCUGAUAUUUUAAAUAAAUAUUAUUCGCAACAACAAGUUUUCAAAGGACUACCUUGGGUGCCAGAGACUUUUCAUGCAGGGUUUCUGAAAAAAACCUCUGGUACUGGUCCAGGGUAUAUAUCAAGGGACUUGCCCUCCAACCCUUUAAAUUUCUUGACAGUGUAAAAAAUUUUCUAAGUAUAAAAGUAGUUCAUUUCAAAUUACUGUAGGAAGGUUGCAAAAUUAAAUAUCUCGUGAGUUUUUGUCAGGGAAUCCCUCCAUUUGUUUUUUCACAGUUAUGUCUUGAAAGUUUCACACAAGUUAUACACUGUUUUAAAAAUCAUUUGUAUUCAUGUCCACAAACUUCAACCACAAAAAUGAAAAUGAUAUGUUCCAUGUAGCUUAGUAAUAUUUAUACCGUCAUCUGUUAGGCUCGGAUCCGAGGACUUUGAGGAUACCUUUACACAUAGUGGUAUGUAUUGUUUUGCUUCACAUCUUGUUCACUGUAGGUACAUUGUACACGAAGUGUGUGUCAAACUAAAUUCAUUUGUUAAUAUUUAAUUACCAAUGUUGUAUUUUUUUUUUUGGCCUAAACUGUUCUGCAUCUCACCGUUUGCCAUUUUAUUCUUGUUUUUGCUUUUGUUUGUUUUUGUUUUUUUAAUUCAACAAGGCAUUCAACUUUUCUGUUUCAUACCAAGCUUUAAUUUUAAUUUGUUUCAUAAUCAGAUGAGACUAAAACUGGAACAAGUGCUAGUCCCUCUUCUCUAGUCCCCCAAUCUUUUGCCACCACCAAACCUGCCAGUAUGGGACUGGAAACAAUGAAUGAACUGGCUGAUAAAGAGAAAUUCUUUUACAAUGUUGAGGAUGGGUCAUCACCUGUUGACUAUCAGAAAAAACUUGGAGAAAUUUCAACUUCAGAGUCAGUUACACAAGAAAGGUAGGAUGUGUAAUGUUCUGUCUACACUCAUCAUGUAGAGAUGAUAAUACUAUACAAUUUAACUGUAUUAUGUUAGUUUGAAAAAUUUAUAUUAAUUCUGUAUACAUAAUGAGUUGAAAAAGGCCUUGAAAAAUGUUCUGUAGACUUAAACAGAUUGGUGAAAUGAAUCAUUUUUGUCUUAAACAGGUUCAGUGUUUGAAGGCCUUUAGCAACACACCCUCCACCCAAACUUCCUAUAAAGGGGCCAUCUAUGUCACCCUGUUUGGUGUCUUUUUAACCCAUUCGCCCCUGAACCGCCCGUAACCGCCCGUGCGGAUCCACGUCCUUUCUACCCUUUGUGACGUCAUCAGUUUUUAACGGUCUAGGACAACUUCGUCUGCUAACUUGUGCAGAGUGAAGAGAUCUUUCAAACCAUACCAGAAUGAGCACAAUUCAGUCAAGGACACCGGAGAAAGAAGCAAAAAACCAUGUGACAUUGACCUGAAAAUCUCCAUGAAAAUCUUGCUCCAUUGCUCACCUACCUUUCCUUUCACCUAAUCCUAAGAUCCUAAAAGCUUUCCUAAAAACUCUUCCCACAAAAACGAAGCCUACAAAAUGCCCAGCAAGAGAAAAAAAAUGAGGCAAGAAAAGCGAAAAAAGAGGGGAGGAGAGAAAGCGAAAAGUAAAAGUCAAGACUGCUGUGUCACUUUUAAACCCAAAAACUCGAAAUUUUGCUUUCUGCGCAUGCCCGAACUUCGCAAGCUGACAUUUUGCAUCUGGAUCAGAAGGCCGCGAAGUGUACGACCUGUAAACCGGUUUGUGGUAAGUUUUAGCUCUUUAUAGCACGACAGUGACCAGAAAACCACUCGACUAGCUUCAAAACGCGUUUUUCGGCAAAAUCUCCAGGAGCGAAUGGGUUAAAAAACUAAAACGUUUUCCGUAUCAACUGAUUUUUGAAUUCCAAAAACUAAUGGUCUAGUUUUGUCAUUCAAGUUUUAAUGUUAUGCCUGCAAAAAUAACCAAAAGAAAUUAGUAUGGCUAGAGCUCCCUUAUGAAAUUUGUUUGAAAUUUUAGAACAUUAUAAUUCUACAGGGAGCAUUUUGUGUACGGGUAAAGCCACUAAGUAUAAUUGACUUGAGCACAGAAUCAGCCUAAAACAGCAAUAUCAUCUUGACCAUCUUGUCACUUUAAGUGCCCCCUGCCCCUGUAAUAAUUACAGUAUUUUGUAUGUAGUAAUUCCCUCAUCUUGAAGGUCGACACGUUACUGCGAGCUGCGAAGGGCCUAUUUCAGGUCUUUCCUUCCUUUGGCCUCAAAAUUGCCUGGAAUUUCAAAGAAACAAAGAAACUAAACAAAGACCUUUGGUUUUUGUAGAUGUCAUGAUAAAAAGAGUAACUGGAGAUUGCCUAACUUUCCCACAGUUCAGUUGCUUCAUUUUCAUCUUACAUGUACAUUCUGUUUAUGAGAUGGAAAUUAUUCACAGUCACGUACAAUGUAGAUUUUAAUAGUAAUGCACAAGGUCAGUAGUUCAUAUUAAAUUUGUAUUUGUACGUAUUACUUCCCUUUUUAUGGAUACUUUGUAAAAUUAAUAAGUGAACAUAAUUUUGUUUUUUAAUCUUAUCGACCAGAAAAAUGACAUCAAAAUGUUCAAAACUUUGCCAUGAAACCACUCACCUGCGGCUCGUGGUUCCACUUGAGUUUGGAACAGAUUGAAGUCAUCUGUAUGGUCGAAAAGAGCACAGACCAUGGAAAAUUGUUGUCGAUUUGUUAUGUACGUGUUUACAUUGUAUGUUUCUAUGUUAGGAGGGAAGAUGACAGGUUACAAGCCACAGGAGCCGAGCUUGGGGAUUCAAUAUUCAAUAUGACCGGUGAGAAUAAGGUUUUUGCAUUCAUACACGAUACAUUUCUUUACAACAUCAACUCUUCUGUCUCAGCCCGGGGUCAUCUCUAACUCUCCUCCGAAGAGAGUUGUCUUCCUUAUGAAGUUCAAAUUUUAUCGAAAAGCAAGUAAAUGUGGAUUGGACUCACCAACUUUGCUAUCUACUGUUUUGGUAAAUAGUUUAACAUUCAUCAUUGCUGUCCUACAACCUAAUGUAAGAACAAAAGGUCAGGAAAACCAACCGGCAUGAGGCAGAUUGGCCGGCUAGUAUUUACAAGGGUGGAUGAAGAGUUGAAACCUUCUGACUACAGAGAGAGAUCUAGAAAUUAAGCUGUAACCUCCUCUUUGCGGCAUCUUUGUAUCUCGACGAUCUGGUUUGCUGCCGGUGGUUUGAGUUAAAAUACACGUCUGUAAACCGCUGGUAACCGCCUUGUGAUAGAGCGUUGUCACCGAUGUAAGCAUUUCUUUCGCUGGAAAAAAACAGGCACUUCAUAUUCCAGAAAACUUACUGGGUAAACCAAGCCAAACAACUGGCGAAAAUAAAUUUAUCAAGGACAUUAUUUUUUUUGUUUGAUAACCGAGAUUAGAGAAAUCAACCCCUGUUUUGUUUUGUUAUUUCCUAUGGUAUAAUUUUUAUUCUAAGAAACUACAGAGAGUUUUUGCAUUUUUAAAAUGCUUCACUUUGUGUAGGAACAGCCGAUAAAAUGAACAGAACGGCCGUUGAUGAUGCUGUGGAGGGUAACGAAGAACAAGAUGAAGAAUACAGUGAUAAUUUUGAAGAUGAGAAUAGUCCUGAAGCAGAACCGCUCGAUACUGUGGAUCCACCAAGGCCUUCAGCUCCUGUACGUACUGUAUGACGUCAGUGAUGACGUAGACGAAUUUCGUUUUUUAAAAAACUACUGUCUGCGUGUACUCUAAACAGAGUGCAUCAUGGGCUCAGUGCUCAGGGCCGAGAUGUUCAAAGUUGGGUUAAGAUAACCAAGGGUUAGUGCGAGAUUUGAAUUCAGAUUUGAAAGCUUAACAAGCAUUUCAGUUUUAAUUCUUUUUGUCUACAGGCUGAUGAUCGGAAGCUCUAAAAAUAACAGAGAAAAUAAUCCGAGAAAAUGCUUUUGAGCACAAGAAAAAGAAACCGGGGUUAAAUUUAACCCCAGGUUAAGCGCUAAUCGGCCUUCGAACAACUGGGCCCUGGUGCUUAACCUCGCUUGUUUGAUCCCCGGGGCCGCACCAAUACUCAGGGUCUCAAAAUAACUGAGAAUGAAAGUACUGCCUUUGCUCUACAAGCGGCUGGACCACGAGGCUCGGAUGACCACGUAAAAUGGCGGUCCCGUCUCCUACUGGAGACGUAAAAAGUAGUGCUCUCAAUUCCUCAAUUAGUACUUUCGCGUUAAAUGCAUUGAUACGUAAAGAAAGUGGGGUUUUUUGUGAAUGGCCUCCUGGAAAUCCUCUUGUCGUUUGGUUUUGGUAGUUAUUGUAAUUGUUACAGGUCAAAAUUAAAUUCAGGUUUUUUUUAACCUGGGUUGAUUCUCAGUUUCUUUUUUCUCCUAGCCCUAAUUCAGGAAACUGAGAUUCAACUAGCUUAAAAAAUUUUAACCUUGAUAUAAUUGUGGCCUGUAACAUAAAUACUAUUGUACUUGCUUCUCGAAGUUGCACGGAAUAUAAGGCUUCAGAAAUCGUGGUUAAACGAUAGGUAUAAUAUUGAUAGCGGUAACUUGUAUUUUUCGUUUAAAUUAUCCUCUGAUCAGGCAAUUUCUAACACUUUUUUAUUACUCUUUGUCUUUGCCUCUCGUUAUGGUAGAUCUGAAAAAAAACUCAUUGUGUAUUUUUUCCUUUUACGUUUUACUACGUUUCGCUUUUACUUUUUAUAUCAGGAACCUCCAGAGGCAGCCAAACCGAGCUUGUUAUCAAAAGGUGUGUACACAAAUUAUUACUAACUUUUUAUGCUUGGUAGUUGAGUAGUUGAUCAAAGAAGAAAAAAAGAGGGGCAGAACAGACGAUUUUACUGUUGUGGGUUUAGGCCUAGGCCAGACGUCGAACUUUUCAGGAGACGAACCAUUAGUGUCGAUUUACUGAGUACGACUGGCCCAUAAUAUAGUCGUACUAAGUAAAUCGACACUAUUACCUGAUGAAGUCCCGCAGGACGCAGUCGAAACGUCGCGAUCACCAUGGUGAGGCAAACGAUAUACGAAACCCUUUAUACAGAUUAACCACGAUGAACAACGUCUUUCAUGGCAUUACUUUAAUUAAGUUCUCUAAAUUGCAUGCUGACGUCCUAGUUUACAGUUCAUACAAAACUAAGGAAACGUACCGUUCUCCUCUCAUCCACAGCAUUGCAUUUACACGUUGCAUUCAUUAGCCGACUUCCGAAGAGUCUUGACUCUGAAAAAAACGUUUUGACAUUUUACUUAUAAUUAUUUUAAAACCAGUUUCUCUGAUGGAGUCGCUAGAUUCUACUUUGGAAACCAAGAGACCUGCAGCAGCCCUCAGUCUUCUUUCCCAACAGAAAAAACAACAACAAGUUGUUGCUUCUCCUGACGGUAAGAAAUCUACCUGUAUAUCGUUUCUCUGGGAAGAGUCAAAUUACACUUGUAAAAGGUUUUGGAAGUAUAAAAAUUUGAUUGUAAAUUUCUCGUUUUUAAAACGUGCGCGUCAAACGCUCAAGGUUUCAAGGCGUCUUAUUUCAUUCAACUUACAGUGGGGGGGGGGUGGAGUAAUUUUUGUCUCUGGGGCGUUAAGGCGCACAUUUGUAAACGGUAUACACCGUGCAAGUCUGUGUGUGUUUGCAUUUUCUUUGCGUUUUUAGCCACCGCGGAGGAAGUAAGCCCGGAGGGAAAAGUACCUUCAAUGUUAAGAACAGGAACUGAGUAUGAGGCAAGUGGGAGUACAAGAGAUAUUCACGAGCUUCAAGCUGCACUUCAAGCCGCUCAACUUACUGCAACUGGUACAGGUUCAAGAUACUCAGGUAAAAUUAAUUUCAUAAUGAAAUCUUUAAUAUAACUGGAAUAUUUUCCUCAAAAGGGUGCGUUUUCAUUGGCAACUUGUAGGUCACAUGGCAUCUGACAAUGAACUGUUUCCCGCCAAAAUUCUCCAGUCAGUCCGUUAUUUGUUGGAGUAUAAUUGUUACCUGCAAAGCUUGACCGCUGAUCCGCCCUCGCACAUGAACAACGCGUCAAUUAAAGUUUGAGUCGCUUUCAAUUUGGAUUAACUAAUUUCUUUGUCGCUCUCGGAAACUUUGGGAAUUUUGGAAAACACCAUUUUACCUAUUUUUCUGUGGACCAGAGCUUCUGAAAAUGUUGAAAGUGUUGACACUGUUACUAUCAAAUUUUCCUGUUCUGUUUAAGAGGAACUUUUCUCACAUUCAUGCUAAAUUUUGAAAUUCCUUCUCCAGGCAAUUUGGAACUUCCGCCCACUUCCAGUGUCAUUCAAGGUGUUGAUCAGUCCAAAGAAGGACAGAUUGUCAUCGAGAAAAACGAUCAAGGAGAAACUCGGGCGCGUGGAUUCGACCUUCAACCAGUUGUUGUGACAGAUGAUUGGCAGGCCACUAGUGCUGCCAUGAUAACACAGGGAAAGAACACAAGUUCGUUUAUCUCUGUGGAUUCUGAAAGAGGAUUUGGGUUAAAGCCCCCUGAAGAACAACUCAGGAUUUAAGGGAUCGGUACAGGGUAUAAUCCAAGACCUUGGCUCAAGUGUUAUGUCCUCUGUUGAUGACGCUUACAUGAAAGUUGACACACUGGAGCCACGUGGCCUUGAUGUGACAUCUGCUAUAACCUCAGGAGGUCGAGGCUUUGACCUACAGCCUACAGAGGAUUUCCGUGGGUUCAGUCUCCAGCCGGCUACUGGCGCAAGAGGAUUAGACCUUAAACCCGCUGUUGAUGCGCCGCGAGACAGUGUGGAAGUUGGACGAGGAAUUGACCUGCAGACAACCGCGGAAGAUGAACGUGGGUUCAGUCUGCAACCCGUCGUUAACUUGCUGGAGAGCGAGUUGAAGGACGAUCAGGAGGAUGAAGAUGGAGACGAAGAUACCCCUCCGCCGGAAAGUUUACAAAGCAUCAAGAAUAUAGCACGCGCCAGAAGAAGCGCGGGGAAAGAUAGUCUCAAGAAAAGUACUGAGGCUAAAGUUACAGCAAAGAGAACAUCAAAGGCUGACAAAGAGAGAUCAGGAAGAACGAGCUCGAUAAAAGAGAAACCAGCGCAAAAGAAGGGAAAAGGAAAGUUGGGGAGUACCUCGGUGGAAAAAAGUCAUCUGUUCAAACCAUCGCCUUCGUCAGCUCCCUCUUGGUCACCCACACCUACGCUGAGAAGCACGAGAACGAAGGUGCGUUUGUUACUAAUUAACAGCAAAAGCGCUUAAAAUGCACAGUAAUUUUCAAGGAGUUAUAAUAACUCCUCUAGUGGGGCUAAUUUAACUCCUUACAGUGGAGUUAUUUUUUGGGGAGUUAUUUUAACUACAAAAAGGGGUUUCAAGAACUCUUUAAUAAUGGAAUUUAUAUAGCGAUUAUACAUCGCUGUCCUAAGCGCUCUUUCAGGAGUAAAACUGACCUCAGAUAUUGAGGAGUUAAAAUAACCCCCAAAAAGGAGUUAUCUAGUACCUAAACUUUUUACUCCACUUUCAGAGUUAAAUUAACUCCAAAAAGAGUAAUAACCACCCAUGGAAGGAGUAAACAUAACCCCAUUUUGGAGUUAUUUUAACUCCAGACUGGGAGUAAAAAGAACUCUUUUUCAGGAGUAAAAAUUACCCCAAAUUCGGAGUUAAAUUAGGAGUUAAAGUAGCCCCAAAAAAGGGGCUAAAAUUUUUACUCCAUUUUUGGGGUUAUAAUAACUCCUUAAAAAUUACGGUGUGGCUCAUGCAAAGUCCUGCUAGUGUUAUUUAUUGUUACCUUAAGGCUUUUUGCACCUUAACAGCGACACAACACAAUACUCUAUCAUAAUGUAAACAUGGAUAGUUGCAGUUGAACAGUUGGGAGGGGUUUAUGAUUAUAUACAUAUUCAAAAACAAAAUAACUUAAAACAGAUAUAUAUCCUCCCAAAAUCCCUUACCGGUAUUUAAAUAGUGAAAUUUUCAUCACCUAGCUUCAGAAAUUACAAACCAGAUAUAGUAAUUCCGGUAAAUCACCUUACCGUUACUCUAUUUACUUUCGUUAUUUUUUUUGCUUCUUUCAGACAAAUAAAUCGCUUGGAGCAAGUAAAAAGCUUCACCUUGAAUCAAAAACGAUAGAAUCCAGUCCGUCCCCCAAACAACUCGCCGCGUCUGUAGAAUCCUUCGCAAACUAUUUAAAACAUUUUGUCCGUCCCGAUAGCGAAAACACAGAACCACCACCGGUAAGAUGGUAUAGGGACGAGCCUGCUAAAUCGGUUUCCCGAACAUCGUUCCGAAUGGCUUCCGAUGAACACCGACUUUCCCGCGAGAAGGCCCUGCAAGCGGAGGUGGAGAACUGGCAGCUGGCAUGGAAGGACGAGAAGAAAAGAAACGAUAAGUUAAUCGCGGAAAUGGCGUCACGUGAAAAGGAGUGGUCAAGACGAGACGAGAGGAGCCGUUUGGAAUAUGAAAGUCAGAUACAUGAACUGAAACAAGAACUGUUUGUAAUGCAGUCCAAGCUGAACGAGACUGAGAAGGAAGCUGAUGUCAGAAAGAAAGUAGCGGCUGGAGGAAAUCUUGAGGUUUGAGGCUAGCUUUCAAAAAAUAUUUUAAAUAUUUUUUUUUUAAAUAUUUUAAAUAUUUUGGCUUGAGGUCCCUGUCGUAUUAUUUAUGGUUAACAAACCAAUGAAAUGGCAAGCCAUUUCAAUAUAACAUUGUUUUUUCUACUGCGAAAGUCGCGGUUUAUCAUGUAGCCAUGGCAACAGUGAUCUUUUUACAUGUGAAGAUAUCAUGCUUUCGUGCGAAAGCUCACCUGGUAUUUCAUUGGUGGUUACCAGAAACAACCCCUUAUGAGUUUUUGUGGUUACUUAUUACUGACCUGAGAAGAAAAGAGGAAAUACUAAUUUUAAGAAAUGGUCGCUUAAAUUUCAGAAAUAAUAUCCGUUCUUAUGAAGGUUUGUCCUGCAAUUCACUUAUUCCCAAAUAAGAAUAAGAAAAAAUUGAAGAAAUCCAAAAUGCUCUCACUCACGAUAAGCUUCGUCAUAAUUUUUCGACAGUAACUUUUGAAUUGCAUGCAUCUCAGUUGUAAGUGUUUCAUCAUUUUUUUUCUCGUCUCAGAUUGCAUCAGAAGAAGAGCUGAAGAGACUGGAGAAAGAGGUCCGCGAGCAGGAACAGCUGCUAACAGGAUAUCAACAGGAAAAUGAGCGGCUUUAUAAAGAACUUAAACAAAUGCAGGCAAAGGAAAAAGCCAACGAGGCGAGAAUGUUCAGCGAAAACCAGAAGCUAGGUAAUAAUGUUAGAUUUGCCCCACUUUUAAACACUCGCUUGUGGGAAUGGUUUGGUUACUCGCUAUACCGAUUGAAAAGGAAAAAACGAUAUUAUGAAAGUGUUCUUAAACGGGUUUUGGCAUGUUAAAAAACUUCUUGUUUGAUUUGGCCAACUUUACACAGACGUAUAUACCUACUAAAAACAUAACGUAAAUAGACAGAUCUGGAGGUGCACUGAAAGUCAUAACACGCUCACAUUAGAAGCAAAGCUUUGUAUAAAGGACUUAUGUCACGAAUUUCUAGUAUUACUGUAAAACCCUAGAACACACUUGAGUCAAAGAAAACGGUUUUUGUAUUCAAAUGUACUCCACUAAUUUGCCUUAAAGUGUAUGUCUUUGGCUUUCGAUGACCAGGAUGGAAAUUAAACGGACUGCAACUUGAAAAAACUAGGCCAACUGUCAACUCUGUUGCCGAAAAAUGACCACAGAAAGAUCAUGCUUUGUUUUCCCUUCAACAUAAUUAUUUUACAUCUUUCUUUAAGAGUUCUAAGUAAUUUCCCUUUUAUUCACGUUUGAAAAUCAUUGUACAUAAUUUUAACGGAGUUUUUGAUUUUUAAAAUUUUAUCGUGUAGUCGUAGUUUACGCAGGGCCCCUUUUGAUACCAGCCAAUAGCUGAUAGGGCUACCCUGCCUAAAUAAAGUUGACUUGACUUGAGAAAUGCAUGGUGACUGAAAAUACUUUAAUAGUUAAAAUUUCAGCUCAUCGUGACUGAAAAAUGUGGAACUCACAGUGACAUACAUGUGCUCUCUUUGAAUAACCGUUCCUCUUUUGUUCAGCAUCUGAACUUGCAAAUCUGAAAGAAAAGGUGGAAAGACGUGAAAGUGGAGACAUUCCCGCCCCAGGCUCUGCUAGUUUGGGAGCGGAUAAAAUCUCUCAGCUGACAGCAGAGAUGAGAACACUGAGGAGAAGAGUGAACGAUGUGCAGGAGGAAGCGGAGGGCCUGAGGCGAGCUAAGAGUGAACUCGAGGAUCGUAUCAGGGGUGUGGAGGGUGAACGAGAUGCAGCAGUGAAACAAAGCAGUCAAGUAGUUGGUAAGUAACAAUCCGUUACUGUACAAAUUGUUCCUAAUAAUGGAAUGUAUAUUUUGUGAGCAGAGAUUAAAGUGGGUAAGUGCGUAAGUAAAUGGCACGAGAGGACCCUGGGAACGAGGUUACGGUAAUAGAGGGAUAAGCAUAUAUGCUAUGUCUGAAAGCAACAGGACAAGGCUGGACGCGCGUCACACUUUUAGAACAUUUCUUUGUCUUCUUUGGCCGAAUAUUACGUGAAAUUUACUUAACGAGACGUUAAGUAAAAACCAAAUUGAGCGAGUUGGGAUAGUCGCGACGUCAUUCUAUUGAAUAUUAUAAGGGACGUGAAACCGCUACUAAGAAUCUCUCUUUAUCGUUUUGAACUGGGGUGCCCUUCUUUAGGAAUUCAACUCGCCUACCUUUGAAAAACUGAGCGAGUUGGGAUAGUCGCGACGUUAUCCUACGAAUUCAUUUUAUUAGUGACUUCAAUUCCAACCGUGAACAGAUCAUCUUAAGAUUCUGGAAAAUUGUACACCUACCCCUGCCCUAAGUGAGAAGUAGUGUCAACUUUGGUUUAGGAGAGAAGUAGGUGGGAGGUUUCUCAGAAUAUCAUUCCAAAACAUGACAAAGCAGAAUUAAAAACACCAAUUGGCGGUAAGCAACCAGUUGGCUGUUUAUGGAUUAGUAUAAGAUUCUGGGAAACUUCCCCCCUGGUUAUUCAGGGAUUUUCCGGUAGGAAAAUGUGGCAAGUAUUUUUUUUUGGGUAGGCAUGAUUUAAGUAGGUAUUUUUUGGGUGUUCAAAACAAUCUGAAGAUUCAUGGUAGUGUCCGCGCAUGAUCCCAGCGGCAUAGUUCUGCGAAUAAAGUACAACCAAACUUUAAUGCUUUCUGCAAAUUUUUAAGGCUCGAAAAUUCGGCACGGGUUUUUUGGGGGGGUUGAUUUUGGGGGGUUUUGAUUUUUGCCCCCAUUCGAACAUCCCCAUCACUUGAAAUCAAGAGUAUCCCCCGCUAGGGAAACUGUCAGUGGGAACAAUGGGUUAAGGAAGUGGUGGGUGGUCAUGAGCUAUUUAAAUGGAAGCUGUACCUGGAGCGAGUUUUAAUUACUGUCAGGUGUAACCCUCGUUAAAUAAAGUCCCUUAUCUUAUCUUAUCCCAUCCAACGCGUUUUUGCCAGGUCUUAUUUAACAGUUAAUGAAUGAGGCUGAGUAUCCUAUGAAGAAUUAUCCUCCGAGAUCUCCAUAAUUCUUCACAUGAUACGAAAGCCGAACUCAAUAACUGUUUUAUUAUGCAUUCAAAAUAAUUCCAAGUUUAAAAACGUAGCUAAAACAUGCUUACCUCCAUCGAUGUUGAGUUCAUCUUCGAUAGUGCACGUUUAGGUUUGUCCAGCUGCGCAAAUGUUCUCCAAAUAGCAGAUGUCGCCCUUCGAGUUGUCGUCUUGCUGUUCUUGCCACGUUUUUAGUUAUUUUUUUCUCCUAGUUCUUACUCUUGAAACGAGUGAAAUGUCCGCCAUUUUUUCAAGUUCACAACCAAAACAACUCAACCUCGUCCCCAGGUCUUCUCGGUUAACGGUGCCUUAACCUGCGAAAACGCUGCAUUUUUGACGUCAUUUCGUCGUUAAACACAAAAUUCUUCCAAAUUUGGUCAUCAGUAACUGGUUAUGGUGAAUUAAACUUGUGCAAUUAGCCAAUCAGAAUCGGGGAAAUAUUUUGAAUGAAUAAUAAUGGUUAUUAAUUUCUCUCUUAAUUGGUACGCGCAACUUACGUCUUAUUAUGUCAAUUUAAGGGUCAGUUCACCAUGUUUGCCGAGAGUUAGAUUUGAGUUUUCUCCUUUUCCUCACAAAUCAGCGUUUGUGAUGACGAAGAAAAACUGUGCAAGUGUUAAAUAAUUGCAAUAUAAUGUUCUCUGACUUCAUCCGUCAUAUUACUUUCUUUAUUUUUCUUUAUUUGUCUUCUAUUAUAAACGGCCCAAUUGGUUCACUUGAAUCCUAGUAUCUACAUCGUUUUUAACUGUUUGCCUUUUUUAUAUACUGCUAAGAAAUAUAGAAGUCACCGGGCGUGGGAAAUUUCCAUUGUUAUUGUACUAAUUGUUAUAUCGUACUAAUUGUAACUUUUUGUUUGUUGGCAGGCUCGAAUGCCAGAGAAAUAGCUGAACUUGAAAGUAGAUACACGACAGAGGUGGAGCGCUUGCGCAGUAAACUCAAAUGGUAUGCUGAGAACCAGGCCCUACUCGACCGUGAUGCCCUUAUACUGAAGAAGAAAGAGGAAGAAAUAAGCGAGUUGAAAGAGACUGUAGCUCGUUUACAAGCCCAACACGGCCAGACAGUGGCGGAGAAAAAACAGAGGGGAGUGGAGAGAGCGACUGAUGCCAAACGAAUACAAGAUUUGGAGAGACAGGUGAAUUUUCAAGGAUACAACUUGUCCAAGUGUUGUAGGGUGCUGGAUUUCAACCCUGUCGCCCGGGGUCCAUAUCCUGUUCUGGGUACUACAGUCAAACCCUGUUAGUAAAAACACUGAGGGGACAAAGCAACUUGUCCGUAUUAUCCCUUUCACUGCCAGAGUGUUUGAUAGAGUUUUGUAAGGUGACUCUAACUUUUGAGUCUGUGGACGAAAUCCUAUGAUGUGACCAUUCAAAUAAAAGCUCUCUGCUUGUACUUUCACCUGAUGUUAUUUGUUUCUCAAAAUUUUAGAAAAUGAAAUUUGGUCGAAAUUUGCCUUUGGCCACAUUUGGCAGUGAAAGGGUUAAGAGGGUGUGCGUAAAGCGGAGUUUCACUGUGGUCGGAAUUGUUUUUGAUAGCUUCCCUUUUCGGGCCUGUUAACAGCUAACAGCUAACUGCCUUAGGCUAUUUGGGGUUUCUUAGAGCACUUAACAUUUGUCACAACUGGCUGGCCCGACCAGUCCAGUUCCAGUAAGGAGAAUUCCACUAUUAAUCAGGGCUAUCCAGCCAAGGCAGUUUAUUUUUAAAAAAUGGUGUCCAUGGCUGUGAAGGGUUUUAGAAAAAAACUUCAAAAUAGGUCAGUUCUGACUUUUGGAAAGCGUUUUUAGUCGUCAAGCCUGUUUGCAAAAUUUGUUUUGGUUCUCGGUGACAAUAUAAACUACUGAGUCAACAGUUAUAACGUUGGCCCUGUAAAAUCAAUUAUUCUCAGCAUUGUAUUGGACAGGCUUCCCGUUCCAACCCAUAACAAACCCGUUCCAUAAAUAAAACAGUUACUGAUUCUGGAGAAAAUGGAAGGUGUUGUAGCCAAUUGUCUACGUGCAAAUUUAAGGGGCCCUUGAAAUAUUUGUACUUUCGACAACCCGUACUAUUGUCUUUAAAUGGCAAGAAUUGAAAAGAAUGAAACUUUGAAUGAGUGAAACUGUGAUCCAAGUGUAAAGAAAUAGUUCGAGAAGUCAAAAAAGGUGUGUUUACACGACUUAUAAAAAAUCUCGUAUUGUUUUGGAAGUGGGAGCAAAUUAUUGUCUGCGUCAAAUAUCUAUUCGAUACCAUUUUAUUUAACACUUUUUUUUAUUAUUUAUAGGUCCGUGAAAUGGAAGAAAUCAUUAAGCGGCGCUAUCCGAACUCCCUUCCCGCUCUAAUCUAUGCGGCUGCCUCGGCACCAGGCCACGCUCAAGCUGUGACGACAGAGUCCCCUCGCAAACAAUCCCCGACUUAUGCAUUCUUAGAAAACAGAGUGAAAAAACUGGAAGCUGAGCUUGAGGAUAAAGAUGAGGAUGCGAGCAAAAGAAUUCGAUGCGUGGAACAAAAAUAUAAUGCUCUUAGAAUGGAGUACGAAGACAGAAUCAAAGAUUUAGAAAGAGAUUUGCAAAGCGCUCAAGAUCGGUACGAUACCGUGUCACGCUCAAACACGCGGGUUAAAAUUUUGGAAGAGGAAUUGCAAACUGUGCAUGCAGAGAACGAGAGCAAAGUUCGACAACUUAAAACCGAAGUCCAAGUUUUACAAGACGCAUUAUCAAAAGCUGAAUCAAUGGAAAUUUCGGGUGGAAAGACCAGUCGUAGAAGAAAGCUUGAGUUAGAAAAGCGUUCAAGCGAUGAUUCAAACAGCUUGAUCAAAUCUUUGCAAGAAAAAUUGGAAAAGAAGGAUUUUGAAUUGGAGGACUUGCGACAGACAUGCAACAGGCUGCAGCGAGAAAGAGAACAAAUGCUGGCCUCAGAACGGACCCAAGUGGAUAAACAAACAAGCCCCAUCACAGACCCAACAUUAGAAAAUUUAACACAGGAAAACAAGCGCCUUAAAGAACAGAUGUCGCGCUGGUCACUAGAUAUGGAUCAACAGCGGGUUCGGUUCCAGGCCUCCUUGGCGGAAACGGAGCGAAGUGCUCGUCUUUCUCGUGAAGAGGCAGCUGACCAGUUGGCAAGUGCGCAGGCUCAACACAAACGUGAAAUAGAUCAGUUGAAGGCAGAGUUUGCUGUCAGUCAUGGAUCCUCUAAAAUAGCAGAGCUUAAGAGUCAGCUAGCUGGUCAAGAAAUUGUCAUACAGAGACUCAAAGCGAAAAUGGCUGAUGUUAGUGUUAAUGCCGAUGCUGUGGCAUCAGCUAAGGUAAAGAUUCUUUGUAUCAUUUAUACGUUUCUGGAAACCUGCCCACCUACCCCCUCCCCUAAGCCAACUUUUUGCCCCGAGUGACAAGUACCGUAUUUAUUCGAAUAAGCACCCAACCUCGAAUUAGCGCCCACUUCGAAUAAGCGCCCAUCCUAAAGGCGGAAAAAGUUAAUAAGCACCCAGCCUCGAAUAAGCGCCCGCCCCACCCUACCCCCUUUCCCCUCACACCCCCCCAAAAUUGAAUAAGUACUUAUAAGAGACUUCCCCGAGGACGGAGUUUUCUUCAGAGUAUUUUACAGAAACCUUGCUUUGUUACAUCUUGGCGUUUUGUUUUUACUAUUUAUUGUUUUGUUGCAAAAUAAACAUACUACACUUGCUGAAGUGUUGAAAAUGUAAUAAGCGCCCACUCUCAAGGUCCAAAAAUUUAAUAAGCGCCCAGGGCGGUUAAUCGAAUAAAUACGGUAAGUGUUAAUAUUGGCUUAGGGGAGGGCUAGGUGGGCAGUUUCCCAGACACUGAAGGAGCUGUGUCUCGAAAUUUAUCAAAAUUCAGACGUGAGCUGGAACUGCCACCAAAUUCAGUGAAACAUAAAAAUAUCCGCUCAAAACGUUAAAAGAAAAUAACACAGCAAAUACAUAACGAGGUGGCGGAUGAACAAACUUGAAGAAGAUUAUAACGGAUUGAAAUUUUAGUUUUUUGAAAGCUUGUUUGCGUAACAGUUUUUCAAAGUUCGUUUUUGUUGUUUCUAACGUUUGAUAUAAUGCAUGGCUGACAUUUUUGUUUGACAUACGGUUGUGAUUUUUCCAGUCAAAAGUAAUUUCUCAAGUUUCAUAGCGAAUAAGGAUGCGUGACUGACGUUGAAACAAAAUGAGCUAGCCAGCCAUGACACAGCCUCUUUAACUAAACGAUUUCUCGCGCAAUUAUUGGUCGAGAGCCAUGUAUGGUCUAUGUCUAUUGAGAGGAAUCAAUGAUGGCGCAAUUUGUUUUUCUCGGUCUAUCGCGCGCUUUUUCCACCCUUCGCUCAAAAUGAGCUUUAAAAACUUUCUUCGUUUUUGUUAAAAACAAGAAGGCAACAUUUUCAAUUCGUAUCAAACAGAGUGCUUACGUGCCUCAGCGACAUAUUACAGAGAAGACUUUUUUUUAUUGAUUUGUUGAGUAGAUAGGAGAAGAUUUGCCUAACCAGUCACCUGACAACUUGAGAUUGAACGAGUCGGGAAAUAUAUUUGAGCACUAAAAAACUUCCCUUUUCGUUUGCUACUACAAAUGAGAAAUUCUUUCCUAAAGUAAAAGAUUUAAGGGUAGACAGCAAACACUCGGUCAUGCAACGAAGAAUUCUUUACAGGACAAGAACGACUACGAGUAUUUUUCCCGUAUUCUCAAAAAGUAGACUCCCCGUAAAGUUUCAUUUUACUAUUCUUUUCAAGACAAGUUAGCACUACUAUCUAAAUUAAAGAAGGGUAAGCCCUCUACCGAUUACAAAAUGAUAAAAUUUCUUGCAUUUGAUAACUCGUUUCCGCCACUAAGACAUCCUCUCUAAAACUCGUAGCAGAAUGACGACAGCUAUCCCUUUUUCCCGCCAAAAUAACACUGGUUCACGCGCGUACGUAAUCUCGCCCUCGAAGCUAAAGCUCUCUAUUAGUUUACAUGGUCAAUUCUACUGUACGUCACCUGUGAGGUCCUCGAACAUUACUUACAGUUGCUUGGCAAUGACUUCCAUUUUCGUAUAUUUUAGGUUCGAGAAGAGUCUCUUCAACAACAGGUUAACCAACUUCAAGUGGAUUUAAGACGUGCUAAGGAAAAGUUUUCACCAGAAAUGAAACAGUUUGAUUCUCUGGAAACUAAAAUAGCUGCUAUGGAACAAAGACAUUCGCAGAGAGAAGUAGACUUGCAACGAAUUAUCGAGAAAACACAUUUAACAGCAAAAAUCGAGAAGGAAGAAACGGAGGCGAAAUGGAGACAACUUGUGCGACAGAAAAAUCGGGAGAUUGAAAAAUUUCGCCAUGAACUUGACGCUAUUCUUGAAAUACUAAGCGAGCUUAAACGUCAAGGAGUAGUGAUACCUUUACGAAAUGAAGAGGGAUAUGUUCCUUGA